AUGUAUGCAAUUUACCAGAAUGCAUAUCUCACUGUCGUCGACGGGGCCGGAUCUAACAGGCAAAAUGGGCUUUUCGGGGUGUCAAAACCCCGAACUGGGUGCCAGACAACAGUACAAUUGGCAGGACAGCAGUGGAUGUCCACUCUGCGGAAUCCCCAGUGUUUGAUUCAGGCUUCUCCGUGGAUUACGAGGGGCUGGACAUACCAAGAGGCUAUAGCUUCACCACGACUCCUGAUAUUCACAGAGGAGCAGGUUUACUUUGAAUGCAAAGCCAUGAGAUGCUGGGAGUCUACACAUAUACCUUUGGACGCUCACCAUAUAAAGGGGAAAUCCCGUUUCCGAGAUAACCUCUGGGAACCCAUUUUCUGCCAGUACACUCGGAAGGCAACUGAAUUCGAAGGGCGCGAAGAUUUUCCUCGAUACAUCAAGCAUUAUACGCAGCGGUCCCUCACCAAUAGCCACGACGCUUUGAACGCUAUUGCAGGAGUGCUUGGGCUUGUAGAGAAAGACAAUGGUCGGACCGUAUAUAAUUUUUGGGGCAUCCCGCUACUCGCUCCGGCCCCAGAAACUUUUCCAUCAUCAUUGGUUACUGGGAUGGCGUGGACUUUAGGGGCGCCAGAAAACAAUGGCUCGCGCGAGGCCAUUGGAAGACACAACAUCUUCCCCAGUUGGUCCUGGGCAGGAUGGCAUGGCAUUGUGGAAUCUUUUGAGCUGGGAUAUCUCAAUCACAGGAGCCCGUAUAUUUCUGUCCGGAUCCAGUCCGGGAAAGGCAGUCAAGAGUCAGUCGAAUGGAGUGAUUACUGGGAAGCCGAAGGUGGAAUGGAAAUGGAUCGCCGAAUCGACCUCUGGGGAUCAGGGCUCGGUCCGGGCACACAUAGACAGGAGCCAUACAACUACCCCUGGCUCGAUAUUACCACAGAUAUAAUUCCAGUGCAGUUGAUAUAUUUGCCGCUCCGUGUUGUUGAAUACAUCCGUGCAAAGGACCCGAGGUUCGCUGAGUAUGACACAGCAGUAUUCGCAAUUAUCCCUCCGGAUGAGGAGUGGGAGCUUACACCAAUCCACUUCCCGGAUGAUGACCCUGAGCUGAGUACUGAAAAGAAAGAUGAAAUCUGUCGACGAGAAUAG